AUGACCAAGCUCGCCAAUGCGGAUCUGCAGACGUGCAGCAGCAUUCGUCACCUGCACCGCUUUGUGAUGUAUCGUUUCCCUGCUCCUCGUGGCUCUCUGUCUCUGGUGCGACCUCCUCCUGCAGCUCUUUUACGUUCGGUUGGUGGCGUCCGACCAUUCGGCACCUGGUCACAGACGCAGCGCAAGCGAGCAGGUGUCCAUCGAUGCUUUGCAAGCGACCUUGACUUCUGCCUGUGCGAGCUUCCUCCUCCGUCUUGGCACGACUGCCAUUCUGCGAUCCGGACUCCUCGCUUCCCUCGAUCCAUCAAGCUAUGCUGCUUCACGUUCCGAGCCCCUUGCGCUCGCACUGCUGGACGCUGCCGUCUUUGGAUCCGCCACCGUUGGACGUCGCGGGUAUUUGCCGGCUGCAUCACCCCGCUCCCGGCUCGAUUCCGCCUCUACACCUCGCGACUCCUCGACCAAGGCCGCCUGGGCACUAACGUCAGCGCAAGAUUGCUGCCCCUCAGUCGUCAUCUGCCCACGACAGUCUUACACCACCUUCGCAUCGAUUCUCUCCUAGGUCCAGAAAGCUGUGAGGAUCGCCAGCUAUUCGAGCCCGUCCAAAUUUCCAACGGGCAACAUCCGACAUCAAAAGAGUCCAGCUCAAAUAGCAGGGCGGCAGCGCAAAUGUCAACUGCUCAAUCUAGUACUCCUACAGGAGGACUUCACCACCUUUUCCCAUCGCCUACCUACUCCGACUCGACGCUUUCGUCCUCUUCGCUCUUGUGCACACCUGACAACGACAUGGCCAACCUCAAACAGGAUGAGGCAGAUCGCCUCCACCAUGACUCGACGUCCAUCACUGCUGUCAAUGCAGCAUUUGCUUCUGCCACCAAGCGCAACGAGUACAGCAUGGGUGGAGACACAUCAGAUUCGGGCCUCCUUUUUGCCCACAAUGCGCCCGGCAUCAUGGACGCAGACAUGAGCGGCGAUGCGCAGUCCCUUGCUGCCGCGCUCGACUUUGAAGGCAUGAAUGCCGACAUGCAGCUUGCCUUUGGAAGCGGAGACGGCAGCUCCUUCUUUGGCGGCAAGCGUCCCACGACAUCGCAGCCUUCGGCCGCUUUCGGUUCGAUGCUCCACGUCCGCGCCGACUCAAACUCGGGUCGUCGUCACAGCAUCCAGCCUCUGAUGCCGUCGUCCGAUUCCAGCUCGUCUAUGGCCGAGUACGGCAACUUUACUGGCCUCAAUGCCGGUCCAAGGAGCAUGAGCAUCUCGGUCGACGCAUUCGGUUCGUUCGCGUACGCUCCCAACAUGGCAGCCGACACGAGCGCAAGCAUGCAGGACGCGUCCGGAAGCGGCUUCCUCAUGUCUCCACCGCGGCUGACCGUGAGCAUGUCGUCGAGCAACAGCCCAACGCCUACCCCUCUGGCAGGCUUCGCCGAGGAUGCUAAGCGACGUCGUACAUCUCAGGUGGACGCUACACCCGAACGCACCGUUGAACACAUGGCGCAAAACCAGCACUUCUUGCCUCAACAGACUCCGCCCAACAUGUACGCCUAUCAGCAGCAGCCCCAAUACUCUGUCGGCUCUAGUGUAGGCGGCGUGCUCGAGACGCCGGCUUCGGUACAGUCGUCCGCUUCUCCCAGCCGAGUUCGGCGUCUUUCGCUUACGGCCAUGGACCGCGCAGAUCACAUUUCCAACCUUACCGCCAGCUUGGCGCUGCCAGGCUUCAACGGCGAACACGCGCCCAAGAGUGCGCCACCACGUGCUCCGGCGGACGCCAUGCAGAGGGCACAGUCGCAGUCGUCUCUCGCCAGAAGAGCGUCGAACGACAAGUCGACCCCCGCCAAGGCGUCUGCGUCUGCCAGCAACGACAGCGCCAACGCCAACGGCAAGAACCAAGACGUAUGGCCUGAUGACGUCGAGGUCGCAUUCUGGGAAGCACUUCGCCUCAUCCCCAAACUCGGUCGUCGAAAGGUGCUGGUCCACGGCAAGCCUUGUGGUCGCAACGAGCUGAUCGCCGACUAUAUCGAGCGUAAGACCAACAAGGUUCGCACUCGAAAGCAGGUCUCGAGUCACAUCCAGGUGCUCAAGAACAUCCGCAAGGGCGAUCCUGAGUUCCAACAGCUCAUCGCAGAGCCCACCACGGAGGAGGACUUCUACAUUCCCGCUGGCGGUAUGAUGUACGCGCAGACGCUCGCCGGCUACGGCUACGGCGGUCUUGGAGGCGGCUAUCCAAUGCUCUCGAUGGAUAGUGCAAGCGGUGGUCUCCUCUCUCCUUAUACCCCCGGUCUCACUGGCGGUCAGGGUCUCGCCAGCCCCCUCUCGCCGUGCGCUCCACCUCUCUCGGCUACGCACGCCAUCACAUCGGGACUCAACGAUCUCCACCUGCCUCAGCGCACCGGCGCCAAGGACACGAGUGGCAAGACGCCGUGCCCCAUCCUCCCUGCAAGCUUCUCCAUGUGGGUGCACUGCUCAUCCGGCGACGAGAAGCACGUUUAUACCAACCUCGACCGCAACUCGAUGUCCACCUACGCCAACAACCAGUCUUGCCUGCCUCAGAUGACGCUGGAUUCGGUGCGUGUCGGUCACUUCCGCUUCCCCCGUCUUGCCGAGAUGUACCACCACAUGCCCUGCCAGUUCCUGCACGUCCACGUGCCGCUCUCUGUUCCGCGCCACGAUGUCAUGAUGCCGCGCUACGACCACUUCAGCACGCAGCUCUCGUUGACAUCGGCUCAGGAUCUGCGCCUCACCUCGGUCACUACAGUCUACUCGCAUGGCAAGCGUGUCUUGUCGCUAGUGGAGCCGCUCGACGCUCCCCGAAAGAUUUCGGGCAGGAACGGCGCCGAGACCAACCCCACCAGCACGGCGGCCGGCACUGUUGCUGUUGCGGAUGAGAACGUCAAAUCGGCUUCUGAAGUCGACUCGACCGCGCCGUCGCAGGAGGACGUGACCUCCUCCACACCUGUCAAGAGCAAGAACAUCCAGCGCCGCGAGAGCGACGGCAGCGUCACCUCGCUGAGCCCCGUGUCGGGCACGUCGAGCGGUCCCGUCUCGCCUCGCACGCCCCUGGAUGCGAACAACCAGUCCAACGGCAGCUUGCGUCACCGCUGGUGCCACCAGGCUCCCUUCGCCACCGACUUCUGGGCCGAUUUCCUCAGCCGUAACCACCCUGUCAACGCCUACGGCGGACGAGAUGGGCUUCAGUCCUUCGGCAAAGAGCCAAGCGAGCGUGCUGCGCUUGGUAUGGCCGUUUCGGGUGUCACCAUCAUCCAAGAGCUGGUGGUAGCGGGUGAAGGUGCUGCUGGAGCCUCUGCUGCUACAGCCGCUCGCGAGGGCGCACCUGCGCUGCUCAACGACGCUGGUUCCAGCCUGAGCCCUGGCAGCAAGGUGGGUGACGUCGUGCUUGUCAUCGCCUGGGACCUCGAGUGUGUCGAGUCGCUCGGUACUAGUCCAGGCGUCCCCACCGUCUCGCUCCUCACUGCAGGUCCCAGUGUUUCGCCGCUGGGUCGGGCCGCGCCUCUGGCAUCGCCUUUGCUGCACGCCGGCGCCGGCCUUCACAUGGGUGGUGCUCCUGGGUUGUCGCCGAUGACGCCCGGCUUCCCGCACGCCGGUGUUGCUCAGCUGCACCCCGCCAUGGUCCAUCAGCAGCAGCCUCAGCUCAACACGCUCAAUGGCGCGCCCGCCGCGCGUGGCUUUGGCCAUGCCCAGCCACCACCUUCGGUGAUCCACACUCAGCCGUCGCCGCAACCGAGCUUCGGCUUCAAAGCUCCUGCUCCAAAGGAGGGCUCGAACGCUCAUGUUCAAGCGCCUACGCUGCUGCGCAAGCGCGGCCUGUCGAUGACCAAGCCCAACCUGAUGUUGUCGAUCCCGCCGGCCCAGUCGUACCUCAACGCUCAGAGGACACCGAACGGUACCAUGCUGAGCCCGCACCCGCAGGUGUCGCCCGCCGCCCUGAGUCCGACGCCGGCUGCAUGGGGCGCGAUCCAGCAACGCGCGGUACACACGCCGAUCACGCCGUUCCCACAGAUGGGCGCCGGUCUGUGCGAGCCUCCGCCGCUCAACACGGGUGACGACGCCAGGAUGCAAAAGGAGCGUCUGGAGAGGCACUGGGCCAACCAAGGCAAUCCGCUCGCGAGCGCAUUGCCAUCUCCGCUCGACAUGAGCUUCAACCAGGCACAUGUCAACGGUGCAUCGAUGAGCUCUGCAGGCAUGGCUGCGGCUGUUGGCGGUCACAGCGAAUCGGCGCUGGGACUGAUGGUGCCCGGCGGCAACGCAAACCACAGCCUGCCGCUGCUCUCGCCCGCUGGCUUCGACAUGGGCGGCAAGAUGCUGGAGUCGGGCAACAACAGCUUCGAGCAGAUGCUCAACGACAGCGGAGAUCUGAGCCACGACGCCAGCGCGCAAGACUACCUGAACGGACUGCUGGCAUCGAUCGGCGUCGAGGGCCAGACCUUCAGCUCGUGA